AUGGAAGACGACAUAGCCGCAAGGCUGGCAGAGAAGGCAGGAAGGAAGAUAGAAGCCACACGAAGGGCAAGUGAAUGGAUGAGCCGAGGGGAGGUGAGGCAGUUUGCCAGUCUGCUAGACAUGCCCAUCUGCACAGUGAGGAUCCACAAACAAGCAAGGAAGAAGAUGCAACCUCCACCCUCAAGGAAGAAGAGAGGAAGAAUCACCAUUAUGCUGGGUGAAAGAGAUAGCCAGGCCAUGGUCACCUACGAAGAUGCACAAGCUGUGGCGAGAGGGCCACGCAGACACACCGGCAUCAAGUGGAGAGGAAUGACCCUCUUUACAAAGCAAGCAAAGCCACCAGAGCAGACAGACACACAAGCAUACAUCCAGGUAGGAGAUGCAAUGUAUGCCAUGCCUUUUGAAGAUACAAAGCUAUGGCAAGCAUUUGUAGAAAGAGAGGAGGAAACAAGGGUGGCGUCAGAAGCACUCCUUCUGAAGAUGAAGGCCAACGGAAAGGAGUUAGACCCAAGACACUUCAAUCAGGAAGAAGCUUCAGCUUUUCGGAAGAGCGAUCAAGCCGAAUGGCGGUCUUGGGGAGAUAACCAUGUACUGAAGAGACUCAGUGCCGGUGAAGCUGCCAAAGAUCCCAAACAUCUAGUGUUCAAGGGCAUGACCGAAGUUGCCCCACAUGAACUGCUUCGAGUAGUGAAAGGAGCUUAUGGUCUUGCAGAAGCUCCCGGUCUUUGGUAUCUCCGAGCACUUGAAUUGUUGGAAAAGGCUGGGAUGAAAGAACUUUCUUUUGCGCGUUCCACCUUUAUCUAUCUGGCCACAGAUGGAACUCCAAUAGCUGCAUGUUGUGUCCAUGUGGACGACGGUUUGUUGAUAGGCCAAGGAGAUCACCCAGAAUUUCAAGAGCUUUUGGGAAGAAUCAGUCAGUCUUUCAAUAUCAAAGAAUGGCAGAAGGUAGGCGUAAAACCGACCAAAUAUCUGGGCAUGGAAAUGACUCUGAUCAACAACGUCUUCACUGACGACAUGACCAGCUAUGUCAACAACAUCCAGCCAGCCGAGAUCAAGGUGACUGGUGAUGGACCGCUGAACCCUCAACAAACCACAGCUUUUGGUCGUUUAGUCAUGCAAAGGCGGUGGCCAGCACAACACGUUCUACCCGAGUUCAUGUUCAUCGUGAGCGAAUUGGCUCAAGUAGCUACGAGAGCCACUGGCAGUGACUGGAACAAAGCAUGUAAGGUUUUGAAGGAGAUGCAAGAUAGUGCAGCCAGAGGGAAAGCCAAGAUCACCUAUCAUCCCCUGGAUGAUCAACCAAUGGUAGUCACAUACUUUGAUGCUGUGCUUGGGAAAAAGAACGAACUCAGAGCCCAGCAGGGGGAGUUUCAUUUUGUCACGACCAAGAAGGCCUUGAUUGAGAAGACCUUCGCCAAUGUGAUUGAGUAUCACUAUGAGAUGUACGAGCCAAUGGUAAACGUGACUGAACGGUUGGGCGAGGAUGGUUGGUGCAUCUUUGGAGGGCUAGGGAUCUGGGCGAGAAACUGUGCAAUAGCGCGGCGCACGCGCAGCCCAAUUCAUUUCGUACAAACGUAUGAAGAUGCAUACAAAGGAUUUAUGAAUGGGCCGCAGGCAACGCCUUUUACACUUCGUUUUCCUGACAAUCGCACUCUAAUCAUCCGUGAUCAUACUUACCCCUUGGAUGAUACUUAUUGUUUUCUGAAUGGAUGGUACGACUUUCCUCGAGCUGCUCGAGCUGAACUCGUUAGCAAUUUUUCCUACCUUGAAGAAGUGUCAGAUCGCUACUGUGAUCACCUGGCAAAGACCUUUCCUGGAUACUGGAACAUCACCAUGGCCGAUUUGUGGACAGAGUCUACAUCAGAUGAAGCAUUUUUGCAUGACAUCCAGAAGAAUGGUGCCGAUAUCGGAUAUGCAACUCCGUCAUUUGUGGAUGGCAUGUAUCUGCAUGCAGCAGCCAAAUGCGUAAUGCGAGGAGGACACCGUGGAGCAGUUUGUGACAUCGCAAACUGUGCUGCCCGGGCCUGCUUCGGUGCUUCACCUGGUGAGCUCCUAUACACCGCACGGGGUGAAUGCGAGCUCGCAAAAUAG